UUUUUUUUCAAAAUUUCUUAGUGAUUACUGCAAAUUUUGAUCGUUUCACGUUUUGCAAAGGUUUGCUGUUGACUUUCGUGGCCACGAUAACAUAUUUUAGAUCAAUUCCUUAUUGAUUUACUCGUGGUUCUCUUCUUUCUUUUUCAAAAAUUUUUCGCUAAGUUUUCAAAAUAAAGUCUUCUAGCUCGGUAUCUCGACAAUCAGAACAAGAUGUGCCUUAUGUUAGUGAUGAAGUUGAAGUUCAAGGCGGUCAAGAAUCGAAGUAUGUAAGAGCUGAUGCCUAUGAAGAACCGUAUCGUUGCUCUAUUCAAGAUGUUGCCGAAGCAUAUAAAACUAAUUUAGAUUAUGGGUUGACCAAUGAUCAAAUUGGAGACAUUCGUAACAAAUAUGGUGCUAAUAAUUUAGGGAAAGAACAGAAAAUUUCUGUUGUGGCCAUUUUUGCCCAUCAAGUCUUCAAUGCAAUGAUUUUGGUUUUAAUUAUCUCCAUGGUUAUUGCUUUGGCUAUUAAGGAUUGGAUUUCAGGAGGGGUUAUUGCUUUUGUUGUUUUCAUUAAUAUCUUUGUUGGUUUUAUUCAAGAAUUUCAAGCAGAGAAAACUAUGGGAUCUUUACGUUCCUUAAGUUCUCCAACUGCUAGAGUUUUGAGAAAUGGUGAAGAAGCGGUUAUUAAUGCUGAAGAUGUUAUUCCUGGUGAUAUUAUUCAUAUUAAAGUUGGUGAUACUGUCCCCGCUGAUAUUAGAAUUGUUGACUCCAUGAAUUUGGAAACUGAUGAAGCGUUAUUAACUGGUGAAUCUUUACCAGUUGCUAAAAAUCAUAAAGAAUGUUACUUUGAUACUUCUGUUCCAGUUCCUGUUGGUGAUCGUUUAAAUAUGGCUUACUCUUCCUCGAUUGUUUCUAAAGGUCGUGCUUCUGGGAUUGUUGUUAGAACCGGUAUUUCGACUGAAGUUGGUAAAAUUGCUGAUUCUUUAAAAUCUCACGAUAAUAAAGUAUUUGUUAAACCAGAUGAAAAUACUAGUUUCUUCCUGGCCGUUUGGAAAUCGUUUCUUAAUGUGAUUGGAAAUGUUUUAGGUACUAACGUUGGUACUCCAUUGCAAAAGAAAAUGUCAUGGUUAGCCAUUAUUUUAUUUUGGAUCGCCGUUGUUUUUGCUAUUGUUGUUAUGUCUACUCAAAAAAUGGAUGUUAAUAAACAAGUUGCUAUUUAUGCCAUUUGUGUUGCCUUAUCUAUGAUUCCUUCUUCUUUGAUUGUUGUUUUGACUAUUACUAUGGCUAUAGGUGCUCAAGUUAUGGUUAAAAGAAAUGUAAUUGUCAGAAAAUUGGAUUCAUUAGAAUCUUUAGGUAGCGUGGAUGAUAUUUGCUCGGAUAAAACUGGUACUCUAACCAUGGGUAAAAUGAUUGCUAAAAAACUUUGGAUUCCUGGACUUGGAACUUAUGCUGUUUCAAACUCUAAUGAAGUUUUCAAUCCAACAGUUGGUGAUUUAUCGUAUAAUAAAAAUUCUCCUCAUUACAUAAAAGAAAGUGAUGAAGAAUUUGAUUUUACUACUAAAUUACCUUCUCCUGAACCAUCUCGUUUCAAGAAUUGGCUUACCACUGCAACAUUGGCAAACAUUUCUACUGUUAACCAAGUUACAAAAGAAGAUUCAAGCGAACGAGUUUGGGAAGCUCAUGGUGAUGCUACUGAGAUUGCUAUCAAUGUUUUCACUACUAGAUUGAAUUAUACCAGAUCUAAUUUGAUUGAAGAUGAAUCUUUGGAGCAUAUCAACGAAUUUCCAUUCGAUUCCUCCACUAAAAAAAUGUCUGCCAUUUAUGCAAAAAAGAAUUCUUCAACUGCUACUGUUUAUACCAAGGGGGCUGUUGAAAGAGUCUUGAGUAUUUGUAAAUAUUGGUAUGGUGUUAAUGGACCUUCAAGUCAAACCGAAUUGGUUCCUCUUUCUGAAACUGAUAAGGAAUUAAUUGAGGCUAAUAUGAAUGCUUUAUCUAUUGAAGGUUUGAGGGUUUUGGCUUUUGCUCAAAGAGAAUGUAAUAUGGAUAAAGAAAAUACCCAGAGCCGUGAUGAAAUUGAAUCUAAUCUUAUUUUCAUUGGUUUAAUUGGUAUUUAUGAUCCUCCAAGACCCGAAACAGCACAUUCAGUUAAACUAUGUCACCGUGCUGGUAUCAAUGUUCAUAUGUUGACUGGUGAUAUGUUGGGAACUGCUCGUGCCAUUGCUCAAGAAGUUGGUAUAUUACCUCGAAAUCUCUAUCAUUAUGGUGAUGAUGUUAUUGCUGCCAUGUGUAUGACAGCUAAUGAAUUUGAUUCUUUAACUGAUGAACAAAUCGAUGCUCUUCCUAUUUUACCUUUGGUUGUUGCUCGUUGUGCUCCUCAAACUAAGGUUAGGGUUAUCGAAGCAUUACAUCGCCGUAAGAGAUUCGUAGCAAUGACUGGUGAUGGUGUGAAUGAUUCACCAUCUUUGAAGAAAGCUGAUGUUGGUAUUGCUAUGGGAUUAAAUGGUUCUGAUGUCGCUAAAGACGCUUCAGAUAUUGUUUUAACUGAUGAUAAUUUUGCUUCUAUUUUAAACGCUAUUGAAGAAGGUCGAAGAAUGUCUGCCAAUAUUCAAAAGUUUGUUUUGCAACUUUUAGCUGAAAAUGUUGCUCAAGCAUUAUAUCUAAUUAUCGGGUUAGCAUUUAAAGAUCAUGAAGGAUUUUCUGUAUUUCCAUUAUCUCCUGUUGAAGUAUUAUGGAUUAUCGUAGUAACUUCUUGUUUCCCAGCUAUGGGGUUGGGUCAAGAAAAGGCUAGUUCAGAUCUUCUUGAUGUUCCACCUACCAGCUCUAUCUUCACUACUGAAUUAAUUAUUGAUAUGUUUGCUUAUGGUUUCUGGAUGGCAUGUUGUUGUUUAAUUUGUUUUGUGACAAUUAUUUUUGGCAAGGGAAACGGCGAACUAGGUACCAAUUGUAAUGACUCUUCAGGAUCUAGUUGUGACUUAGUUUUCCAAGGACGUUCUGGUGCUUUUGCUGCAUUUACCUGGUGUGCCCUUUUAUUAUCUUGGGAAUGUCUCCAUAUUCGUUUUUCCUUCUUCAGAAUGAGACCAGAACUGGAAAAGCCAUGGUAUAGCCAAUUAGCUGGUGAUUUAUGGGAAAACCAGUUCUUGUUUUGGUCAGUUAUAGCUGCAUUCUGUUCAGUUUUCCCCGUUGUAUACAUACCAGUAAUUAACGAUAUCGUAUUUUUGCAUAACCCUAUUGGAUAUGAAUGGGGGGUUGCAAUUGGAUUUACCGUAUUGUUUUUCAUCGGUUGUGAAGGCUGGAAAUGGUUCAAGAGAAUCUACCUUCGUAAAUUCACUUCUAAUCCACAUAUUGGAUCAACUGAAAAUGACCCUUUCAAAGAGUACUCAACAUUUUCAAAAUCCAAUACCAUGGAUGUUUAAACUAUUUCCUAUUUCUGAUAUUUUUAAUUCUUGAUUGAUAUUUGCAUUAACGAAGGCUGUGAUCAAUUAAAG